GUGAUCAUCAAGACCAGAUCUGGCUGCAGACACUGCGUUUUGCAUCCCUAUGGUUUUCAUGGAGCAUCAUCCUUCUCCUGGCUGUCCUUUGGGAUGCUGUCACCAUCCCACUGCAGCUGUUUGACCUGGGCGCCUUCUCGCUUACACUAGACGCGAUCAACAACGCGACCAUCAUGUUCUGGUUCUCUGAUAUCCCUGUCAGCUGCUUUACCGCUGUUGACCGCGACGGGGUUCUGGACUUCCGACCACGCUCUUGCAUCCAUGACUAUCUGAGGGGAUGGUGCGUGCCCGACGUGCUGAUGGUCUUGGGCGUUUUGUCCGGAACCAAAGCGGGAGAUGUGGUGGUAUCAAUUGUCACUUGGCUGGUUCAGGCUGUUCUGGAUGCUCGCACGAACCGUGAAGGCCGCCCUACAUGGGCAGAUGGCCACUUGAAAUCUCCUGAUGAUUUUCGCGAACUCUACGCCUUGUCCCUGCAUUGGAGCCUCACGCAGUUCACACCUUCGACCCAGGACAUUGGGCCGUCCAAUGUUAGCGAGCGCAUCUUUGCGGCCGGGGUCGUCAUCUUUGCUCUCAUCGUAUUCUCCUCCUUUGUCAGCAGCAUCACCAACCAGAUGAAUCAGAUUCGUACAUGGAACUCCAAGAACAUCGAGCUGGAUGCCGUGCUGCGGCAUUUCCUUAGGUCAAGGAAGAUCUCCACGCAGCUGGGAGUCCGGAUUACCAACUUUUUCAAGAUCAGUCAAAAGCAGAAGGCGAAGACUCCUUUGGAAAGUAUAUCUUUCCUGGCAAGUCUGCCAGAAAGUUUGAAAAUCCACCUAUACAGCGAGAUCUUCUUACCUGCCUUCAAGACCUCCGGCCUCUUCAGCCGAGUCAUGAGGGUCGAUUACCGCCUGCUGUCCAAAACGUGCAGCCGAGCAUUCAAGGAGCACUACUGCCCACCAGAUAUUGACAUCUUCAUUGAAGGGGCUACCGCGGCAGGUGUCCUUGUGGUCCACCACGGUGAUAUGACAUAUCAGCCUCGAGCCCUGUCGCGCUUCACGCAUCUCAGUGCUGUGAAGCCAGUGCGGCUGCAAAAGGGUGUUUGGAUUUCUGAAGCAUCCCUUUGGUGCGUCUGGUCAUAUGCUGGAAGCUUGCGAGCCGAUACCGCAUGCGAUUUCCAUCUCCUGGACUCUGAUGCUUUCAGCAGAGUUUGCCAGCCCGGUGACCCAGAGGGUUUAGGGUUUAGGGGUUUCCGGUUUAUGGCCCAGAGAGGGCAAGGGAGACGCCAAAGGAAGAAUUAG